AUGAUUGAACAAUUAUGUUUACUUUUCAUUGUACUUACACCUGUGGGAUUAGUUGUUCUAUCUAUAAUUUGUUUGUUACGUUCGUUUAACAUGAAUUCUCGAAGUGAUAAUGAAAAAUAUUUUCAAGAUCCAAAAACAAAAUCACGAAAAUCAUUUCCAUCACUCAAAGAUCCGCAUUCCAAAUAUCUUUCUGUUAUUAUUCCUGCUUAUAAAGAAGUAGAUCGAUUACCAGCUAUGAUUAAAGAUACAAUGGACUAUCUAGAACGACGUCAGGCAAAUGAUUCAUCGUUUACCUAUGAAUUGAUUAUUGUUGAUGAUGGAAGUCCUGAUAAAACUAGUGAAGUUGCGCUGAAUUAUAGUAUUCAAUAUGGAACAGAUAUAGUUCGUGUAUUAACUUUAGAUGCAAAUCGAGGUAAAGGUGGUGCUGUUCGAAUGGGUGUAUUAAGUGCUCGAGGUCAAUGGAUUUUAUUUGCUGAUGCAGAUGGUGCAACGAAAUUUAGUGAUUUUACUAAACUUGAAAAAAGUGCUUUAAUGGCGAUGAAAAAUAAUGAUGUUGUUGUUUGUGGUUCACGACGACAUUUAGAAAAAGAGUCUGUAGCACAAAGAUCAGCAUUUCGUACAUUACUUAUGUAUGUAUUUCAUCUUGAAGUUUGGUUAUUUGCUGUGAAAUCUAUUCGUGAUACUCAAUGUGGUUUUAAAUUAUUUUCACGUCAAGCUGCCGAAAAACUUUUCUCACGAAUGCAUGUUGAACGAUGGGCAUUUGAUGUUGAACUUUUAUAUAUUGCAGAAAAAUUAAACAUUCCUAUUAUUGAAAUUGAUGUUAAUUGGCAUGAAAUUCCAGGUUCAAAACUCGAUCCAUUUACUGCUUCAUUACAAAUGGGAAUUGAUAUAUUAGCUAUUUGGCUUCGUUAUACAUUAGGAAUUUGGACAAUUGAUCGUAAACAAGAUUAA